GGUAAACUGUGAUUCUCCUUCAUUAGAUAAGUGGGCUCCACCAUGCGAUAAGUACAACGUAACUACUGCCUGUGACACUUCACCCAAACUUCCUUCACUCUCCUACGCAUAGCAGAGUCUGUUCGCCAUGGCCGCUGCUGCGGACACGACAGCUGGGUACAGCUCAUGGGUCGGUUUGCUGUACAUAUUCAAUCUGAUUGUUGGGACCGGAGCUUUGGCGUUACCGAAAGCGUUCGCGAGCGCUGGUUACAUCCUCAGUCUAAUUAUUAUCGCGAUAUCUGCGUUGGCCAGUUACAUAGCAGCAACGUUCGUACUUGAGUCACUGUCUAUAGGAAAUGCUGCACAAGAACGGAAGCGAGUGGCCACCACAGAGAAAAAAUCAGCAGAUGAUUCGACUAUUUUUGAAAUUAACGAAAAGAUCGAAGUUGGCCAUAUGGCGAACAUGUUUCUUGGGAAAAUUGGAGUUAUAAUAUGCAACGUAUUCAUGGAUGUGUACCUAUUUGGUGAUCUUGCUAUAUAUUCUACUACAGUUCCAAAGUCACUGAUGAGUGUGAUAUGUGAAACUCCUACAGGUACCACACCUCCGCAUGAUAGACUGUGCAGACCUGGAUGGCCAGGCUUUUUUACUCGAUUUACAGUGUACCGCUUGUGUAUAGUGCUUUUCAUAAUGGUAACGCUGCCCAUGAUCAUCGUUGGUGUAACAAAAACGAAAUAUUUGCAGCUGACAACCACUGCCUGCAGAUGGAUAGCCUUCCUGCUCAUGAUUGUCCUGGCCAUCGUGCAGAUUGCGAGCGAAGGAGCAGAGACAAUUCCUCCACCGGCGGAUAUACAUGGAUUUGGAGCAGUGUUCGGUGUUACUGUUUACGCAUUCAUGUGCCACCAUAGCCUCCCAUCGCUUGUUACGCCAAUGAACACUAAAGCACACGUCUUCAUCAAGGUUCUAGGCGUCUACAUACUCGUACUGGCAUUUUAUGUGACGCUGUCAAUCACUGGCUCAUUUGCCUUUAAGGAAGUACAGGAUGUCUACACGCUGAACUUUUUGGUGGAUAACAUUCAGAAUGCUUGGCAAGGCAUCAAACAUUACUUCUUAGCGUUGUUUCCUGUAUUCGUCAUCACAACCAACUACCCUAUUAUUGGAUGUACACUGAUCAAUAACGUUCGCGUACUACGGGAUAUGUUAUUCUCCACCACAAAGGUAUUUACUGAAGAGCAGACGGACGCGGAGAAAGAAAAAGAAGCUAAAGCAAGUAAAAAAUUCAUCAUCAUUUCUGACAUCAUUAUUUACGUGGCCAUGAUAGGACUUGCAACAGUGAUUAGUAUAUUAACCGAUGAUAUGCUUCUGCUUACCAAGAUAACAGGAUCAUACCCAGGUGUUGGUGUCCAGUACCUUAUACCAUGUCUAUUGAUCAUUUAUGCUCGCAAAUACGCAAAGAACGAGCUCAACCUCGAUGUUCCGUCAAAAUACGCAAGUCCCUUUGCCUCAGUUAUUUGGGUUGUGAUCAUCUUUAUUUGGGCAUUACUUGCUAUCGUCAUGGCCACUUUGAAUCUAUGUGGUGUAAAAUUCUAGUAUAUUGAUAUUUUAUGCACUUUUUGCUCAGCAAAGAUGGGUAAUUAAAUUCACUGUAAAAGCAUAUUUGAAAAUCACUUAGAAAGAAGUCAUUCGUGAUAUUUCGAAUAUUCUCUGUCACUAUUCAGUGCCGUGGUAAUAUGCUUGAAUAUGUGCCUAUAUUUUCUCAGUGUCCUUGUUCUCAGCAUUCGUGUACAAGUCUUGUCGUACGUAGCAUUCAACUAGCGCACAUAUAUACGGCUGUGAUCCUCGAUUCAAUCGUCUAAUUAUGUUAAUGUUUUAUUUGAGUGCAAUAAACAUAACAAAUCCUAUAACAUUCCUAGAUACCUGUCUGGUAACAACCGUUGCCCGUACCAGAG